CACUCUCAAUUGAAAAACGAGAGAGUAAAUCUUCAAAUGGAACGUGAACCGUGCCCAUUUCGCCUGCUGGAGGACUGCGGCGGUGCCUUCACCAUGGGAGCCUUGGCCAGUGGGGUCUUUCAGGCAAUCAAGGGCUUUCGCGAUGCCCCGUCGGGCCUGGACUAUCGUCUGGCAGGGAGUAUGGCCGCAGUACGCGCUCGUUCCGGCCGGGUGGGUGGUCGCUUUGCUUCGUAUGCCGCCACCUUUAGCAGCAUUGAUUGCGCUCUGGUCUACUGCCGUAAGCGUGAGGAUGCCUGGAACUCGGUCAUUAGUGGAGCGGCCACUGGAGCGAUACUUGCGGCUAGACAAGGUCUCAAUGGUAUGAUGGGCAGCGCUUUGGUUUAUGGCGUAAUCAUGGGUCUAAUCGAGGGGACUAACAUUCUUAUGGGUCAACAUUCGGCAGGCAAAUUUCAGCCCACGCCCAAGCCUCUGGAUCGCACAAAUGAGAUUCCGCAGCAGAAGAAAACCUUUUCCGAUUUGUACAAUAAUUUUAAACAGGGAAAUCCUUCAUCGGUUUAGAAUAUAUUUAUGUACAUCCACUUCUGCGUCAUCCGUCGAUCCCUCCGAUCCUCGAUCAAUAGUUCGAUUCUUGCAUACAAAUUUGUGUUUUAGAUUCUUUUGAUUGCUCGUUUCAGUUUCAAUUAAAAUUCAUUUGUCGUGCAUCGCAA